GUCAGUUAAAAGGCAGCCUGGUUCCCACUGCACCGACCUUUACAUCGUGUUUGGAGUCUGCAAGAGCUGUAGGGGUACCCCAAGCGGCGGCAGAAGCGCAGCCAAACUUACGCCCCAGGACUGCAAAAUCAACGAUGAGAUUCAGGAUACUCCCAGCAAUCAUGCUGCUCACAUUCAGCACCGUCAAAGACCAGACGAACAAUGCGACUUGUCCAGCCCCAAGCAGCUACUCAAUCGGCAUCGUGCAAACCUGCUCCGCAUACUUCUGCAGAGGAGAGCUCCAGAAGUUCUUAAACGUGACGAUCGGGAGAUGUGUCGACGCGCAAAACUUCACCACUGCGCGCGGUUAUCGGCGAGGGGAUGCUCUAGCAGGGCAUGAGUGUACUUUCAACUACUACAGCUCAGCAGGGUGCUACGGGCCCUUCACGUCGACGAGAAGCGCUGCGGAUGGGAGCAAAAACUGGGCUGAGAGUAUUCGCCAUUUCAUGUCUCUAGUGGGCGAAGAGGGAGCCUACGGUUUGAGCUUCAUGUAUGUUUGCUACCCACGUAGUAGCAAGUGAAGAUGGAAGCAAAGCGUGGGAUGGUGAAGGUGGAUGGUGAAGGUGAAUGAAAGCACGUGAUAUUCCUUGGCGUUUACUACUAGUUUGUAAAUUGGCGUUUGGUGACAUUUGCUCCCCGACACCGUACAUCAUCUCGUGUGGUCGACCCUUGGUGAAUGGAACUGGCGCCACCGCAUUGAGAUUUUGCAGUUCGCAACUCCAAGACUGUGUCGCCAUCGCCGCCGCCGCAUCGU